AUGUUUGGAAAGGCAGCUAUUGUCAAUGCGCUCCUGAGCGCCGUGUCCGCGGGCACGAUCCUUUGGGAUGGCCGCUUCAACGAGAUGACAUCCUCUUCUGAUCUGGACAAAUGGUCCUGGGCAAACCAAGUAGGCAAUUACCAAUACUACAUCCACGGAUCGGGCGCUACCACCAAAUACGUAAACCUCUCGCCAAACUACAAGAAUCCUGGGGAUACUGGCAGCAAGCAAGGUGCCAAGAUCACGAUCGACAACACAGCCAAGUGGAACAGCGACAUGUGGAGGACGGAGCUCAUUCCUCAGACCACAGCUGCUAUCAACAAAGGCACUGUAUAUUACCACUUCUCGAUCAAGAGAUCCACUACCAAUGUUCCGAGUGCGACAAACGAACACCAGAUCUGUUUCUUCGAGAGCCAUUUCACAGAGUUGAAGUACGGAUGGGUCAACGGAGAGUCUGGCACCAGCAACACCAACCUGCAGUGGAUGGUGGGUGGCCAGAGCAAGUGGAAGGUCGAGCUCAAGGCCGACGAAUGGCACAACGUAGCUUACGAGAUCAACUUUUCAUCCAACCAAGUUACCUUCUGGCACUCCACUGGUAACAACACGCUUGUUAAGACUGCUGGACCGUUCUCCAGUAGCACUUCUUCAAACGGUGCCGACUGGCAUCUUGGUGUUCUUCGUCUUCCCCGCCAGGGUAACGAUGGGACAGGUGCGGAGGACUGGUUCUUUUCUGGGACGUACAUUGAGAGCGGUUCACUCACUACUUCAGUUGCUAGUCCUGCAGCAUAG